GAGGCAAAACGAAGGGCUUUGGAGUCCAAGCAUCGGAUUCGCGUUCCUGCACCGGCUAUGGCUGACUGGAAACCCUCAUUCUUCCUGGACAAGGAAAUGGAGUUGUGCUACGGUCAGAAUAGACGGGCAGAAAGAGGAGAAACAGGAGAGAGUGGUGCAGUAGCACGGAGUCAGAUGAUAGAGGAUCACAAGAAGGGAAAGAAAGUGACAGCCGUCGGUGUACCCCAAGCUCGCGGCGAUAUUCAGCAGCUGCGCGGUGGCCAUAGCCUUAGCCAUAGCCAUGGUUGGCCUGGUGCGAGGCAGGCAGCUGUUUGGAUAGAAAGCAGACCUACUGCUCCGGGAGAUGUUUCCAGCAAAACUCCCAAGGAUCCAGAUCCACUUGCUGAAAAGCUCCCACUGAUGCCCAGCAAACGAGGUGCUGCAAAUCAGUCAAAAGAUCAAUUGGGCGAGGACAGACACGAAGACGAAGCCACACUUUUCCAAAGAUGGAUGAAUGGUGGGAUAACGGCUGAGCAGAUGGACAGCCUUUCUACAGAGGGUAGACGCCAAAAGCUCGUUGCAAUCGGUGAGAUGCUGCAGCGGAUGGCCACUGCAGGGGAGAGUGGGAACGGGAACGUGCCCGGGACAUCGACGGGGGCUAUUGCCACCUGCAGCGGGUCUGUGCCUGUGACGGCGGUGAGGGCUAAUGGAGACCACACUCCUGUUGAGAAUCCAAGGAAAGUGGUAGCUUCAGCUCAAUCUGUCAGGGAGAGAGAAACACAAAAUGCAGCGAAGUAUCAUCAGAGGAGAGAGGGUUUACCACCAGUCCAUUAUCAGGCUGCUGGUCAGUCUUCACAGCACUAUGCGAGGAGAGAAGGAUGGAUAAAGAUGAGUCUUGCUGGAGUCCGAGGAGGAGGAGGAGGGGGAGGUAGUGUGAAAGGAACAAGAUCAAACGGAGUGUUAAGUGCACGAUCGACCACAGAGACGGAAAGAACGGUCAGGGAUGCGGGAGAAGCAGCAAGAGCAAACCAGUCGCACGUGAACCGUGCUGGUAGUACAGCGCAGGGUGGCGUCAGAGGGAAGGAGGCUAGAGUUGCAAGCGUGAGAAACCAAAGUCGGAGUGUCCGUGAUCGUCAAUCAGAUACUCGAGAGGCGCAGGCACCCAUCCAGCUGAAGGGAAUCCACGUAUCAAAGCGACAAGGACAGACUCAGGGAGAGGAGGGGCAGAUAAAGGGGAAGAUGCAGGGGGACGUGAAGGGGCAGAUGGAGGGGCAGGUGGAGGGGCACUCGAUCCAGCCUCCAGCAAGUGAAACAUGGGACAUUGGAACCGUAGCGUGGGACUGUGUAGACACGGGAAGAGAGGAAAGGCAACAUGUUGAAUCAGAAAUCAGCGGCCAAAGAAUGAACACGAUCAGAUCAGGAGAAGAUGUUCCAGAGCGACAAAAAAGGGGAUGGUCUACCGUGACAGCUGACCUAGAGAGCACUCCUGCAGGGGGGAGCAAUGUGCCGGUGCACCAUACAAGCCAAAGCCAGGAACGCGAGGAUGAUGGGACAUUGCCUCCACAACCAGAUCCAAGGAGCACCAAAGGGGAGAAAAUGGCGGUAACCUUUAAUCCCUCAGUUCCUCAGGAUUUGCGAAAAUGUUUGGAUCAGCAGCAGGAGUUGCGUGAAGACCUUCUAGAAUUCAAGCAACAAACCACUGCAAUCCUGUCCUCCUUGCAGUCCAACAUAGAAAAGCUCCUUCAGAUAAGGACAGCUGGCACUGUAACUGAGGUUCAGUCUGGGCAUGCGGAUUGCAGCCACUCACCAUCAGCAGGAGCAUCACCGAGCCCUCGUCUCUCUUCACCGGAUUGUGGUGAGCUAGAGGAUGAGAUGGAGGUGCCUUCCUAUGCUGGGUUUCGGUCAAGUGCAGGGGCUUCUCCACAGGUUGAAGAUUGGUUGGAAGGUUAUCGGGAGAAAUUUCCUUUGGAAAGAAUUCGUACCACCAAAGGCACGAUUGCCCCUCAGGCGACUUCUCUGAAAGCCACCAUGUCAUCAACUGAGACCCAGUGCCCCCAGAGACAACAACAGCUCUCAUCGGUCUCUUGCCAUCCAUCCCAGUCAUCCAACAACUUCAAUGAAGAUGCAAGGCCUUUGAUGGCCACUGCUUUCCCGAGCUCAUUUCCGCAGGCACACCAUAGCUGCAGUCACAUCAACAACAUCGGCGAUUCAUGUAGCGAUGGUCACCGUCAUCUUCACGCCAAUCUCCCCUCACAUCUUUCACAUCCGGGUUCCAGUUUGCGUCCGGUUGCCUCUCGAAUUUCAGGUCAUGCCCCUGCUUCUUCUGAUCCUGGUCCUGGUUCAGAUCCCGGUGCUGGUCCUAACGGGAUUCCGCCACGGCACUCAGGAACCUGCAGGCAUCAUCGUCACCCGUUGUCACGAGCAAUCCGUUGUUCACACAACGACAAUCAAAUGGUAACGACUCCGCCAAAGUAUUUGAACCCUGAUUUGUCGACAGGUGGGCUGACAGGUAGCGGCGACAAGCUGGCAUUCUUUUCGAGGGUCGAAAAUGAACCGUCUGCCCUGCGAACUGCUCAGCAGCAGCACUCAUCCAGUGCGGCUGUAGCGACCCAUCCCCACACUGCCACUCUCAGACCACUGAGAGUGAGGAGACAGGAAAGCGAUUUCCAAUACAGCAAUGGAGUGGAGCGCCCAUCCGUUCCCGAAGAGACCGAGAAGGCUGGGCGAAGCCUUGGCAGGGGAGAAACAGGGCAAGGCGGUGCAGACCCCCACCAUCUUGACAAGUCUAACCACUCUUCUCGCAGCACCGGCUCGUUGGGAAGACAUGUGUCUGCCGGUUGGGGUCCUGUGGGCAACGAUGGCCAUGGAGGAGGAGCUGCUGUGCAUUCCAAUGGGCAGGUGGUGGUGGAGAGAACAACAAGAGGUUGCAGAUGUCCCAACUAUUUGAGGCCAAAUGCGGGCGGAGGUGGGCGGGUUCAUCUACAUAGUGUUGAAGCUGCAGUUCGCAUUGGAGGCGGUAAGCAUGGAGAAGGUGGAGAUAGGGAAUCUGCCUGUGUGGGCGAGUUUGGCCGGCCGAAGAGCACCAGUAGAGAUUACUAUCCAGCAGUGGUGGAUAACCGUGACAGAGUUGCACCGAGCGGCAGUAAGGGAAGAACAGAUGGCGGGCGGUUGCUGGUGAGUGCGCCUGCAGGGGUCGCCCGGGACGAAACUCUUAGUGUGGUGCCAUUGAGAAGAGUGGACCCUCGGCUACCCAUGGGUGAGCAUGAACGUGAGGGCUAUAUGAUUCCACCAAGUUCGAAGGGAACUGCCCCCUUGGCUGUGAACAGGAUCACCCGAGGGCCAGGAGGCUUGCCUCAUCAUCAUCAUCAUCAUCAUCAUCAUUACCCUGGUCGUACACCCGUCGACCUCAGCGGAGACUGGCAGGGUCAGGCAGCAUCAAGGCAACCAUGUGGCGGUGGUCCAUCUAUGCCUGCAGAUCAGCAGAGGGUGAAGGUCAUGCCUUGCCCAUCUCAUCCGCUGUUUAGGAAAGAGACGGGACAGGGGGGCGAACACGGCAAAACCCUCUUCUAAACGAGGCAAUUUCUCUCUUUGCCCGUAUCAACCGAAGAGCAUUAUAAGGUUCAGUUUGAUGGCAAGCAUGGAUGGAGGCUGGUUAGAAAAUUUCAGAGAAAAGAAAGCUUGGAAACAGAUGAGUUUCCAAUGUUUCAUUCAAGUCCGGCGCUUAUCCUAGAAAUUGGACCUAUUUGGCCUCCAAAUUUCCAAAAGGUAUUGAAUCUAUUGAUGUGGUAGCUUAAAUCCUUGGGAAGGUUGGACCAGAUGGCUUCCAAUGUCUGCAAAGAAAGGUUGGAACAGGAGUUGGAUUCAAACUUCAAAGAAAGGUCAAGGUUGGAACAGGAGAUGGGUUCAAACUUCAAAAAAAGGUUAAGGUUGGAACAGAAAAUGGGUUCAAAGAAAGGUUGGAACAGAUGGGUUGCAAAUUGCAAUGUAUUGGAAGGCUCAAUUUGAUGAAAAGCAGAGGAACAGGUAGCUUCAACGAAAGGUUGGAAUGUCAGAGAAAACAAGGUGGCUUCAAAACCACAGAGUAUCCCUAGUUAGGGGAGAGAGAGAGAGAGAGAGGAGAAAAGACACACAGUCUGCAGAUCUUUGAAAUAGAUUGCUUGUUCCUUGUCGAGCUGAGGUUUGGAAGAAGGACGACCUCAGGUUGGAGAGGGGACAACCAUGAACGGAUGGAUGCGCAUGCGAGAGGUAUAUCCGUCCAUUCAUCUUUUGUUUUCUUGCAUUUGCGUUCUCCUCUCUUUUUUAUCUCUUACCUACCUUAGGCUUUAUUUUCUAUUCUGACUCUAGGGAACUAUGCGGUUCCCUACAAUCAACUGUGAGGUUCGUC